UCGGACUGAACGCGGAAGAGGCAUGGAAUGUUGAAGACGAUCGCAGAGUUUUAGUUAUUGAAAGCACUUUAGCAUAUCUACAUUGUACUGCUAAACUUUCGUUUUGUACAUCAACGUUGCCAGUUGCAUGGAUCGGGCAUAAACCAUGUUUAUGUAGCUAUCUUUGUAUUGCUAGCGUUCAUGUACAACACGGGUCUUUACCGGUCUUUACAAGGUUACACUAGAUUGUAAUUAAGGUAGCUGUUUCGUUAGUCAAGUAAUUUGAAAUGGCCAAUAAAGGUAGAAUAUUGGCGCAGAGGCUGUUUAUCAUGGGUAGACUGGAGACCAGGACAUAUUCACGAUGGCGAGGGACAACAAUUCCGAUUGUAAAACAAGAAUAUCUGGUCAAACCCGGUAUUUCUGAAAAGAGGUGUUUGUUCAAUGUCAACAAGCACUCAACGUGCACUAAAGGUUCUAGCAGCUUGUCUCUCCGUAGUCACACUUGUGGGGAGCUACGGCCUGACCAUGUAGGAGAGGAAGUCACACUCUGUGGCUGGGUUCAGUACCGGAGACAGGACUUAUUUAUUAUCCUGAGGGAUUUUAGCGGCAUGGCACAAAUUAUUAUUCCCCAAAAUGAGGCCCAAAUUAAUUUGAAAAAAGCCUUGCUUGACUUACCGCUUGAAUCUGUGAUCAUGGUGAAAGGCAAAGUCAGACAUCGACCAAAUGGACAAGAGAACAAGGGGAUGCCGACAGGAGAGAUUGAAGUUCUUGUUGAAUGUGUGGAGAUUCUCAAUGUCUGCCGUAAGCUGCCUUUUGAAAUCAAAGAUUUUGUGAAAAAAUCUGAAUCCCUUCGGAUGCAAUAUCGCUACCUGGACCUUCGUUCUUCACAAAUGCAGUACAAUCUCAGGCUGAGGUCACAGCUAGUGAUGAAGAUGAGAGAGUACCUGUGCAAUGUUCAUGGGUUUGUGGAUGUUGAAACUCCCACCUUAUUCAAGAGGACUCCAGGCGGUGCCAAGGAGUUUGUGGUGCCCUCACGAGAACCCGGACGGUUUUACUCCCUGCCUCAGAGUCCUCAGCAGUUUAAACAGCUUCUCAUGGUGGCUGGCAUUGACAGGUACUUUCAACUGGCCCGGUGCUACCGAGAUGAAGGUUCCAAACCAGACAGACAGCCAGAAUUCACCCAGGUGGACAUUGAGAUGUCCUUUGUGGAUCAAUCUGGAAUCCAAAGGCUUAUUGAGGGUUUGCUCCAAUACUCCUGGCCUGUGGAAAAAGGUCAGAUCUCCACACCAUUCCCCUGCAUGACAUAUGAAGAAGCAAUGAAUGACUACGGAGUCGACAAGCCAGACACCCGAUUCGCCAUGAGGCUCAUGGAUGUCAGUGAAACAUUUCAUGACACAGAAAUCGAGUUCCUAAAAGAGGCCCUAAAACGACCAGGAGGCUGCAUUCAGGCAAUUUGUGUGCCGGAUGGGGCGAAACAUUUGAAGGGCAAGGAUCAGGAAUCCCUAAAACAAAUUGCCAAGACCCAGUUUGGCCAGGAAGUGAGUGUAGCAUUGGUGAAGGCAGAUGGUGCACUGAAGUCUCCUCUGAGCAGACUCAUGCCUUCCUCAGCCAAACAGCAGCUGCUCCAGAUGGCUCAUGCCGGACCUGGGGACCUGCUGCUCAUCUCUGCUGGGACGCGGGAAUGUGUGCGUCCUUUGUUGGGUAAGUUGAGGCUUCAGUGUGCUGAACUUCUGGAAGGUUCCGGUGUGGCUGUUCGGAAUCCUUCAGCAUUUCACUUCCUGUGGGUGGUGGACUUCCCACUGUUCCUGCCAAAAGAAGAGGACCCUGGUCAGCUUGAGUCAGCCCACCAUCCUUUCACAGCGCCUCACCCAGAGGAUAACCAUCUCCUCUACUCCCAACCUCUCAAGGUACGUGGGCAGCAUUAUGACCUGGUCCUGAACGGGUGUGAAAUUGGGGGAGGAUCCAUUCGUAUUCACAAGGCCUCUGAGCAGCUACAUGUCCUAGAGACAAUUCUCAAGGAGGAUCCGGCACUCCUCUCUCAUCUGCUGGAUGCGCUGGACUCUGGGGCUCCUCCUCACGGUGGCAUCGCCUUGGGUCUGGAUCGCCUGGUGUCCAUUAUUGUUGGAGCCCCUAGCAUCAGGGACGUGAUUGCCUUCCCCAAAUCAUUCAAGGGCCGUGACCUGAUGUGUCAGGCUCCCGAUUUGGUCUCCGAAGAGGAGCUGAAACCCUACUACAUCUCUGUUAACUGGUCAGGUGGAGGUAACGGGAACCAGGAGAAAUAGAUGGCCACUAUUCCAUCUUUGUCCUGAAACUGAGACUAGUGAUUCAUAUUAAUGGUGGCUUCACAUUGGAGAGAUGUUAACCCACAUAUACCUUGACUGUAUAUGUACAGUACCUCAGAAUUCUUUCAGAUUCCCCUGGAGAAUUUGGUCUCCAGUCGCGCUGUCGCCUUAGAUUUGAGCGUGGCCUGAACGACCGCCGGUAGUCAUGUGUGUCCACCGCGGUGCUGAAGACCUGCUGUUGGAGAUGGAACGUCUGCUCUGAAGCUGAGAUGUAUUGAUGUUUUCACUUGGCCACAGUUUCUGGUUGAAGAUUUUUCCAGUUGGCUCCAUUUCUUGAGUUCCGCUCCUUUCCCAGUUUUUAGUCCAGGGCAGUUCCUCUGUGAGCCAAAUAUGGUCAAUAUUAAUUUGGAUAUAUGUAAAAUGUAGACAUUAGACCCUUUCACCAAUAAAUUAUUUAAUGGUUU